AUGUGCCCGUGGCCCGCCGCCGCCCUCCUCCGGCUGCUGCCCCUCGCCGUGGCGCUGAGCGCCCUCCUGCACCCCGGCUUCUCCACCUCCCUGUUCAGCCCCGAGGCCUGGCUUCAGCAAUAUGGCUACCUCCCCCCCGGAGACCUCCGUACACACACUCAGCGUUCCCCCCAGUCACUCUCGGCUGCCAUUGCGGCAAUGCAGCGGUUCUACGGGCUUCAGGUGACGGGCUCAGCUGACUCCGAGACUCUGAAGGCUAUGAAGAGGCCCCGCUGUGGCGUCCCAGAUAAAUUUGGAUCAGAAAUCAAGGCCAACGUACGGCGCAGGCGCUACGCCAUCCAGGGGCUGAAAUGGUCACACUACGACCUUAGUUUUUGCAUCCAGAACUAUACGCCCAAAGUGGGCGAGCACGCCACCUUCAGCGCGAUCCGGCGUGCCUUCAGUGUGUGGCAGUCGGUGACGCCGCUGCGCUUCCGCGAGGUGCCCUACUCAGCCGUGCGGGAGGGCCGUGAGCCGCAGGCCGACAUCAUGAUCUUCUUCGCUGAGGGUUUCCACGGCGACAGCACCCCCUUUGACGGUGAAGGAGGCUUCCUGGCCCACGCCUAUUUCCCUGGGCCCCACAUUGGCGGAGACACUCACUUCGAUGCUGCUGAGCCCUGGACGUCCCGCAACGAUGACCUUAAUGGGAACGACAUUUUCCUGGUAGCCGUGCAUGAGCUGGGUCAUGCGCUGGGGUUGGAGCAUUCUAACGACCCAUCCGCUAUCAUGGCACCUUUCUACCAAUGGAUGGAUACAGAGAACUUUGAGCUGCCCGAAGAUGACCGCCGUGGCAUACAGCAGCUGUAUGGGACUGAAACUGGCCACCCCAGUAAACCUCCGCCGAUCCCCCGCACCACUGUGAAGCCCCGUGUCCCCGAUCGGCCACCGAAGAACCCGACCUAUGGCCCCAACAUCUGUGACGGAAGAUUUGACACCAUCGCUGUGCUGAGGGGCGAGAUGUUUGUCUUCAAGGACAAAUGGUUUUGGCGGGUCCGGAAUAACCGUGUGAUGGAUGGAUACCCUCUCCCCAUUGGCCAGUUCUGGGUUGGUCUCCCUGCGACGAUCAACACAGCCUAUGAGAGGAAAGAUGGCAAAUUCGUCUUCUUUAAAGGGGACAAGCAUUGGGUCUUCAAUGAAGCCACUUUGGAUCCUGGGUACCCCAAACACAUUAAGGAACUGGGCAGAGGGCUUCCCACCGACAAGAUCGACGCAGCUCUUUUCUGGAUGCCGAGCGGGAAAACCUAUUUCUUCCGGGGAAAUAAAUACUACCGCUUCAAUGAGGCGACCCGAUCCGUCGAGGCCGACUACCCCAAGAACAUCGAUGUUUGGGAAGGGAUCCCUGAAUCACCCCGGGGGGCAUUUAUGGGCAGCGAUGAGGUGUUCACCUACUUUUACAAGGGGGACCGUUACUGGAAGUUCAAUAACGAAAAGCUGAAGGUGGAGCCGGGAUACCCCAAGUCGGUGCUCCGGGACUGGAUGGGAUGCAGCUCAGAUGACCGACGCGAGGGGGAAGAAGUGAUCAUCAUCGAGGUGGACAAUGCACCCGAAGGGGAGGUGAACGCAGCCGCCGUGGUGCUGCCCGUCCUGCUCCUCAUCACCGUCUUCGCACUGGGAAUUGCCAUCCUCAUCUUCAAACGCUACGGCACCCCCAAGCGGUUGCUAUACUGCCAGCGCUCCCUGCUGGACAAGGUGUGACAGGGCGAGCGUCUCACCUGGGCGUGGGGACGGAGGGUACUCCUGUCUCCCACUGUCUGCCACCGCCUCUCCUCCUAUGCGCCUUUCUUGAACCCCUUUCCCCAGGUUUGCGCUUUUCAUUCUUACCACAUUUCGUCCUCCUUUACCUUCCUGCCCUCCGGCCCCUGCUGGCUUCCUUCUGACGCUUGCCAUCCUCCCUCCGGGCUGCCGCCUGAAGCCUCCCGUCUCCUCCGUCUCCCUUUCUUUCACCUCCCUCUGCUCCCCUUCAUCUUUUCCUUCUGCAUCUGGUUCUGCUCCCACCUCCCCUCUUCGCCUCUCUCCCUCGUCUCUUCGCACCCCGCCCCUGCGCACGGUUCCCGUGCCGUGCGUGUGCUGAGCACGCUCACUCACAUCACUUGAGGAGGCGAAAAGAAAGAGGACCUCUCUCCAUGCCGGUUUUGGUGCCGCCAGGUCCCCUGUUGCAUUCCUUCCUGCAGCGGGACAUCCCUUGACCUCGCCUCGCAGGACAAGGAGACCUCACUUUGACCCGUCAGUUUGCAAAGCAGGUGUGUGGGCGUGUCGGGCGUUGGUGGUGGUAAGCCACAAAUACAAAUGCCCGGUAAGGUUCCCCCCCAUCAGACCCUGGUGGGAUCAAGGUUAAAUGAUCAUGACAACCCUUUGUCUGAAAUAUCGGUCACAAAGAUCUCCUCCCUCACGCCUCAAUAUUCUUUUUUUGCUUUCUCCCUCUCCCUAUUACCUUGUUCCUUCCAAGGGUGAACGGGAAUUCAUGCUGGCACAAGGAUGGAUGUUCUUCAAUGGUUUAUAGAAGAAUGAGGGUCGGGUCUUUAUACUCAAAAGGGUGUGUCCAAGAAAAAACGACGGGAAGGGAUUUUGGAUGAAAAAGGGGCAACUCCAGCGUUCUAGGGGUGUUGGGUUGUGGGUACCGUAGCCAGGAAGCUAUUACAGCAUUCCAAAGGGAACUAUAUCAUUCCAUUGGGCGUGGCUUGAAAAGGAGGGAGGAGCCACGGCUGACCAAUUGAAGCGCUUCUGUAGAUGACCCCCAAAGGGGAAGAGUCAGGGAAGGCAGUUGGUGGAACACAAGGGGUGGGAUGUGAAAUGUGGGGUGUGUGGCAUGCCUCUUGGGGGUGGGGUGGCAUUAUAAAGGGACCGCCCUGGUCUUCGGGGGUGGGAUAGGUGGAAUGGGACGGUGCUACCUUGCACACCACAGACAACGGGGCACGUGUGAGAAUAUGAGAGAAGGGAGGAAGGUUGUGGUGGCCCUGGAGGAAGAGGCAAUUGUGGGACAGUGAAUUCACUGUGGGACAGUGAAUUCGCUCCGGGUUUCAGUCAGAACUCUGACUGAAACCCGGAGCGGAUUCACUGUCCCACUCACAUCAGAACCAACAGCCACCCCUGGUAGCUGUAGGAUAGCCUUCCCCAGCUGCCUUCCAGAUGUGUAGGCUGACACAUCUGGAGGGCAUCUGAUUGGAGAUGGCUGCUGUAGAACAUGGAAUGGGAUGAAGGUUCAAAUUUUGGCAGCACGGUUUGCAAAAGUGUUUACUGCGACAUCUGAUUAUACUUGCGUAAAGUUUACAAUUGUCACUUUCAAUCCAUUCUGGAUCCUGCAAAAAAAGAGAAGAAAAGAAAAAAAGCCUAAACGAAACAGCGAUUUGCGAAAAGCGGGGGGUGGGGGGGAGUGGAAGAAAAUGAACAUUGCACCAGAGUACUGCCUCAAACUGUCUUAUCCUCCUUUCUUAGGGAUUUUUUUUUUUAAAAAAAAUUGUUUUGUUGAAUAUGUAAUUUUAAUUAUUCUAUAGAAAUGCCUUUUUUAAAAUGAAAAGUUAAAAAUAGUGCAUUAACAGGGUGGGGAAAAUAGAACGCGGGUGGGAAGAGAUACCCAAAAUCCUGCUGGUCGGGAAUGGGAUGUCUAAACCCUCUCUUGUUCAGACCAUUUUUAACUUUCGGGGAGGGCUUUAGGUCAUUUUUUUUUUAAAUGGUCUCCAAACGGAAUUAAACUGUGUUUAACGAUACAUUUGUGUUUGCGGGUGGGUUUUAAUAUUGUUUAUUGUUCCACUUUAUUAUUAUUAUUAUUGUUAUUAUUAUUUUGCUAUUAAUAAUAAACAUCCAUUCUUUGGGAGGGAAAUAUGCAUAUUGCUAGGGCCCUGUAGGCUGUUAAAUUCUGUUAUUCUUUUUAACGUUUAGCAAUAAAAAAAAAGCCAUUUCCAGGUGGAAAUGGACUCAAAAUGCUGGGAGUUUUAAAAGAUUUAUUUUUUGUCCCCACACAAGUUGUUCAGAACUAUUUUGUUAUUAAAAAGAAGCACCAAAGUAUUAAAAAAAAUUAAUAAAUGCUGGAAUUUCCCCCCUU